CGCCGCCGCUAAAACCGCAGAAGAGGGAAGGGAAGCUCAAGCACGCCCAAAAAAAAAUUCCGAGGUUUCCGCCUCUCGGAGUCGGAGCGCACCAGCACCACCCGGAGCGACUCGCCGCCGGCGCGGAGAAGGUACGAAACCGGAGCUGUAUUGCCGAUCUGCGGGCUACGGCGCGCCUUUCGGAGGGCGGAGGCUAGGCGAUGGCGGAUGAGAAUCAGGCUGGAAAGAAAGAGGAGGAGGAAUUUAGCACAGGCCCUCUGUCAGUCCUAAUGAUGAGUGUUAAGAACAACACCCAGGUGCUCAUCAAUUGCCGCAACAACAAGAAACUACUUGGCCGGGUUCGCGCUUUUGAUCGCCACUGUAACAUGGUGCUCGAGAACGUGCGGGAGAUGUGGACAGAGGUCCCCAAGACUGGCAAGGGCAAAAAGAAGGCUCUGCCUGUGAACAAGGAUAGAUUCAUCAGCAAGAUGUUCCUCAGGGGCGACUCGGUCAUCAUCGUUCUGAGGAACCCAAACUGAUUGCCCAACCAGCCACCUUGCAGCUAUGCCCUUUCUCUGGGUUCACGGAAGCCAAUGUCUCUGUUGAAAACUGUAGCUUAUGUAUGUUUUGGAGGAUUAACUGGUUACCUUGAACUGACGUUCAUGUGACCUUCAUCAGUUUGUUAACCGGAGUAUGUACCUACCUCCUGCAGUAUUUUGAUCUUUGAAUGUUGAGCUUGCACUUGUGCUUAUUGCGUUGCGGCGUUUACCCACUUUGUUCAGAAAUCCUUAAUUGACGUGGAAUAUUUGCUGGUCC